CUCUUUCUAAUCCCUCCUCAUCACAGAAACGUAGCAAAUCAAAUACAGAGGAAUAUUCGCAGAUUCAAAUACAGAAAGAGAUGGAUUUCAGAGUGAUGGGUUUGGAAUCUCCAUUUUUCCACACGCUGCACCGCAUGAUGGACAUGUCAGAGGAGGGUGCAGGGGAGAAGACAAACAACGCUCCGACACAGAAAUACGUGCGAGAUGCGAAAGCGAUGGCUGCAACAGCUGCGGAUGUGAAAGAAUAUCCGAAUUCCUACGUGUUCCUGAUCGACAUGCCGGGGUUGAAAUCUGGUGACAUAAAGGUUCAGGUUGAAGACGAUAACGUGCUUUUGAUUAGCGGGGAGAGAAAGAGGGAAGAAGAGAAAGAAGGGGUGAAGUUUGUGAGAAUGGAACGAAGAGUUGGGAAAUUCAUGCGUAAGUUUGUUUUACCUGAAAAUGCAAACACUGAUGCAAUCUCUGCUGUGUGUCAAGAUGGUGUUCUCAGUGUUACUGUGCAGAAAUUGCCUCCUCCUGAACCUAAGAAGCCUAGGACUAUUGAAGUGAAGAUUGCUUGAUAUGGAAGAACUGAACAAAUGAA